AUGGAUCUGAGUGAUGAUGAUGGAUCCGGUGAGAAAAAGAGCAAUGAUGGAUCCGGCGAUGGGAAAAAGAGUGAUGAUGGAUCCAGCAAUAAUGACGAUGAUGAUUACACACCUAAUGACGAUCCACAAUCGACAUGGUUCAAGGUUUUUAAACUUUUAGCAACUAGGCUUCAUUACAUCGGGGUCAAGAGAUCAUGCGAGAGGAGCGUCAAACGCAAAUGGAAGUUUCUCAAAUUUAUCAACAUAUCUCAAGCUAAGAAGCUUCAACUACUGGCUAAAGCUAAAGGGAAGGAGCAUCAAACUUUUGUGGAGUACACUUGCCUAGGUAAGGCCUCCAGAGAUUUCUCACAAACCUAUACCUCGUUUCUCACUUGGUGUUUCUUUGGCUCUCUUACUUGCAUCUCCUUCGUUUGGGGGUUAUGGAACACCUCUAAAACGGAUAGAAGCCUAGCCGACUUGUGGUUGGAGAUAAACAAGAAGAGUGUGGUUAUCCAUGAGUUUAAGAAAGAGAUGAGUGCCAAAAAUGCUCUCUACAUGCACCGGCUUGAUGAGAUUACAAAGGUUGCAAAGCAAAAUCAGGAAGAUCUUCAAAAGAUCGUGGCACUUCUCGUAUCUAAAAAGUGA